AGUAGUGUGUCUCGCGCGCGGUGUGGUAGAUGGAAAAACACCGAAAUACAAUUGCGCAUGCCCGCGCCCGCAUGACGUCACGAAAAUUGUGGUUUUGAUCAAAACUCGGGGACUUGACACUCUCAUGUACAUGUAUGUGUUGACAGGAGUGCAAUGUACAAUGUUGGUGAACAAGUGAAUAAUAUAUAUGUAUAUGUAUAUUUAUAUAAUUAAAACUCAAGUGGUGCUCAUGGAGAAGAGAGACGCUCUCGGGAAUUUGUUAAGCCAAAAAGAAGAUAGUGUGAUAGAGUAAUAAAGAGGGAGAUUGUGCGGAGAGAGUGAAGAAGAAAGAUAGUUUGUGAAACGUUAAGAGAAGUAGUUGUUGGUUGUAAGUUAAAGAAAAAUAAAAGUUUUGUAAGGAGAAGAAGAAAGAAGAAGAAGAAGAAGAAGAAGAGACUGUGGUGAAGAGACGCCGCGGGAACGGAGUCAAGCCGGUGCAGAUGAGAAGGUCGGAGGGAGAAGAAGCCGAACGACGAAAAAGAAAAAAAAAACUGUUUUCAACAUUCCAGCCAGAGAAUUGAGCGUAAUACAGAUUUGCCAAAAAUUACUACAAUGGGUCGGAAGAAGAUACAAAUUUCGCGGAUCACAGACGAACGGAAUCGUCAAGUGACAUUCAACAAACGGAAAUUCGGAGUUAUGAAGAAGGCUUAUGAAUUAUCGGUGCUGUGUGAUUGUGAGAUUGCGCUGAUAAUAUUCAGUUCCAGCAACAAACUUUACCAGUAUGCCAGCACGGAUAUGGACAAAGUACUCCUCAAGUACACCGAGUACAACGAACCCCACGAAUCACUGACCAACAAAAACAUUAUCGAGGCCCUCAACAAGAAGGAGCAUAAAGGCGCAAUGUCACCGGAGAGUCCCGAGCCAGAUGCUAGUGAGUACAAUCUCACUCCACGUACCGAGGCCAAGUACACUAAAAUUGACGAGGAGUUCCAGAUGAUGAUGCAGAGGAAUCAGCACAAUGGCACGAGGACAAUUGGACAAUCGAAUUACACAUUGCCCGUGUCUGUACCAGUUAAUUCUUACGGAGAAUCUCUCCUGGGAUCUAGUCCUCAGAUGGCACACACCAGCAUCUCUCCACGACCUUCUUCAUCUGAAACUGAUUCAGUUUAUCCACCUGGUGGAAUGCUGGAGAUGAGUAAUGGAUAUCCACCAUCGGCAUCACCACUUGGCGGUUCGCCGAGUCCAGGUCCGUCGCCAGCGCUGGGAGUUGGCGGUGCGAAUAAGGGUGGUAAUCCGUCCCGACACUCGCCACAACCACCACCGCCUCAUCAUCCUCAUAGGGCUAAUCUGAGAGUUGUCAUACCCACGCCGCUCACACAACCGCUCUCUGAGGAUAAUAAUUACGAUGGAGGCCACACACAGAAUGCACUCAACACACCGGUCGUAGCGCUACAAACCCCGUCUGUCGCAGCUGGAUACUCGAGUUUUGGAUCAACAGAUUAUUCAUCGGACCUCGGGAGUCUCACGUGGUCUCACCAGAGGUACGUUGAUGACUUAUCAAUGUAUUCGGCAGCCACCAUGUCCAACAUCAGCAGCCUUCCUCACCUAGCCGUAUCUAGUAGCACGCCACCGCCAUCGACGUCACCGUUGCCGGUGAAAAUAAAAAGCGAGCCAAUAAGUCCGCCACGAGACCCUCACGGAAAUAGCGGCGGCGGGCCGGGUAUAACAAACUUACACCACACAAAUCUGAGUAUUGGGCCGCCAUCAAACAGCGGUGGACCUUCUCAUCAUGUUUCACACGGACAGCAGACCCUGAAUCUCGUUUCAAAUCGACCGACCAGCAAUCCUCCGCCCUCUCAUUCUGGUAGUAUAACACCCACAAAUUUACCCUCUCCGGGUGGUAAUGUUGACAUGAGGACAAGUCAUUCAACGAGUGGUGGUGGCGGUAACCCCGACUAUGAAAACGGGCCGCUGAUGAAACGCGCCAGGAUCACUGAGGGAUGGGCUACCUAAUGUCGGGCCAAUUUGCGACCCUGCUGGUCUUAUCCCGCAUCGUCGUACAACGGCCAAUAAUAAACCUAAAUAAAAAUGAUAAGAAAAAAAAUGAUUAAUUAUUACUUUUAAAUUCAAUGAUUAAUUAAAUACUAAAAGUAAAAAAUUAAAACAAAUAAUAUACAUACAUAAAAAAAUAAAAUAAAAUAAAAAAACACACAUUGUGUGUAGCUGGUGCCAGAAUUGCGUUUGCUUGCAAACAUAAUUAUAAUUAUAAUUAUUUUUUAGCCUCUAAGUCAACAGACAAACAAUGUAAUGUCAAACAACGUCGUAAUUUUAUUUUAAAAAAAUAAAAAUUCUGAAUUACGACUCAUGUUUAAUUGUACGGGCUUUAAAAUAUUUAAAAAUUUUUCUUGGGGUUAAUUGCAAUAUCCCUGAGUGGAUUAAUUAAUUAAUUAAUUAAUUAAUUAAUUAAUCUGUUGAUUAAAUAAAAUUAUAUAAAUAAUAAUAAUAGUUAUAAUAUUAACUGCGACAAUUGUAAACGCGGAGACAGGGAAGAAAGUUAUGAAAUUAUUUCAUGGAUUAUGAUUGAUGAUUAAUUGAUAACUGCGGUGCCAUAAUAAUGUUGAAACUUUACAUAUAUAUAAAUAUAUAUAUAUAUCAUUAAAAGUAUAAAUAUAUUAUGUUAUAUUAUAUUAUAUAUACACAUGUAUGUAUAUGUGAUAUAUAUUUUCAUGUGUAUAAUAAGAAGUGUUGUUUGUAUAUAUUUCGAGAAAGAUUCGUAAUGGUUUGUUGGUAUGGCACUUUCACGUAAAAAAAUAAUAAAAAAAAAAAUA